AUGAAGUAUAAAAGACUGUACUAAGUGUAUGAAUGUCAUAUAGAUUCCCACCCACCUGAAACCAUGAGGAUGCUAUUAGUGGUUCUGGUUUAUAUUCCAUUCAUCUUAGCAAUAGAAAGGAUCCCUUUAGGUCGAUUUAAAUCCAUCAAGAGGCAACUUCGAGAAAAGGGAGAACUGGAGGAAUUUUGGAAAAAUCAUCAGCCUGACAUUUUUGCUCGGAGAUAUCUGCAUUGCUUCCCUUCAGAUAUUUUUCUAUCAGCUGGAUCUGCUUCAGAAAGGCUAUAUGAUUACAUGAAUGCCCAGUACUAUGGGGUGAUAAGUGUUGGCACCCCACCUCAGAAAUUCACAGUGGUGUUCGACACAGGAUCAUCCAAUUUUUGGGUCCCUUCAGCUUAUUGCAUCAGCGAAGCCUGCAAGAUGCAUGAAAAAUUCAAAUCAUUUCUAUCAAACUCCUAUCAGCAUGGAGGGCAGGCCUUUGCUCUACAGUAUGGUACUGGGCAGCUUCUAGGCAUUGCUGGCAAAGACACAUUACGGAUUAGCAACAUUUCCAUCCAGGGGCAGGACUUUGGAGAGUCUAUCUUUGAGCCCGGCAUGACUUUUGCUCUUGCACGCUUUGAUGGCGUGCUAGGUUUAGGAUACCCUUCUUUAGCAGUUGGCAGUGCUCUUCCAGUAUUUGACAGCAUAAUCAACCAACAUCUGGUAGAGGAGCCAGUGUUUUCCUUCCACUUGAACAGAGGAGAAGACAUUGAAAAUGGUGGUGAAUUGAUACUCGGGGGUAUAGACCAUUCCCUUUACAAAGGUUCAAUUCACUGGGUUCCAGUUACUGAGAAAAGCUACUGGCAAAUUCAUGUUAACAACAUAAAAAUCCAGGGACGGGUUGCGCUUUGCUUCCAUGGUUGUGAAGCCAUUGUUGAUUCAGGCACUUCUCUUAUUACCGGCCCCUCUUUACAAAUAAGACAACUACAGGAGCAUAUCGGGGCCAGUCCAACACAAACUGGAGAGUUUGUUGUAGACUGCAGGAGACUGUCAAGCCUGCCACAUAUAAGUUUCACUAUUGGACACAGAGACUACACGUUAACAGCAAAAGACUAUAUAAUAAAGGAAACCAUAGAAGAAAAAACCGUGUGCAUCAGUGGCUUUCAGUCUCUGGAUAUUGCCACUCAUUCUGGCCAGCUAUGGAUUUUAGGAGAUGUAUUCAUGUCAGCGUUUUACUGUAUUUUUGACCGUGGAAAUGAUAGAGUGGGAUUUGCAAAAACCUCUGGUAGAAGGGAGCAUUCCUGA